AUGCGCCACCUCGACACCUGGAUCCUGCGCGAUCCCUACUCCAUCGGCCACUACUACUCGACCGGCCGAGUCUGGCAAGAGUCGCUACGCGCCAUGAUCCAAGACCGCCAAAUCUGCGCCCCCCAAGUCGAGUCUGAGCGCCCUGUGGUCGAACCGCUCGCACGCAACAUGUCGCACCAGCCCGGCUGUGGGCUCUUGCAGAGACUGCCGCCCGAAAUCCGCCUGAUCAUCUACGGCUACGUCUUCGGCGACGAGGCCGUGCAUCUGGUGCAGCUCAAGGGCAAGAUCCGUCACGUGCGCUGCCAGCACCCCUCCGCCUCCAUCGCCAACCACCGGCACUGCUGCCCGGAGACGCCUGCGCGCUGGCGUGUGUCUUCAGACGCGAUGGCAAUGCUGUAUCCGCAUACACACGCCUCGCUGCCCGCCAAACUGAGCAACUCCUCCCUCUCGCUGCUCCGCACCUGCCGCGCCAUCUACCUCGAAGCCGCAGACAUGCCCUACUCCAACCUGGCCUUUGACGUCGACGACCUGCACACCUUUGUCGCCUUCUCGCUGGCCAUCUGCCCCGAGCGCCUGCGCUGCAUCAAGCGCCUCACCGUGCAAUGGACGCCCAUCUGGCAGCCCAUGACGGGCGAGGAGAGCGCGUCCUCCAUCUACUCGCACACGCACAACGACCAGCUCUGGAGACUCUUCUGGUCGCGCGUGCAGGCGCUCACGGGUCUCGAGCAUCUACAAUUCAGCCUCGACCUCGGCCGGUUUAUGGGCAAUGGCCAUGGCCACGGCCACGGCCACGUCGCCAAUGCCGCUAACCAUGUGCUCCUGCUCGGCGGCACCAGCAAGAAAAUCAGCCUGGACGUCAACGAGCCAUGGAUUACCCCGAUGCUGGCCGUGCGCGGCCUGAAGGAUUUCGAGCUGUGCGUCACGGCGCGCUGUGAUGCGUCCGCGCAGAACAUCCUGGCGCAAGAAAUCGGUCGUGACGCGGUGAUUCUGCGCGAUCAUCUCAAGGCUGUGAUGUGCUUGCCGCGGCCAACGCCGAUACUAGCAUCGUCGUCAUCAUCAUCAUCAGUAUCAUCCCAAAAACUUCUUACUUAUACCCCUCUCUCUUCAUGCGCAAUGGAAGACCAGAAUUCGCAUAUCCCUGUUACGAAGCCGAGUUUGCUGGUUACGGCUGCAUAA